GACUUCGCUUUUUUUUCAUCGUCCAUUCCAAAGGAGGGGUUUUGCCAAAAAAGAGGCCGUAUUUUUGGAUUUUUAGUUUUCGUCUAGUUUGAAUCCGAAUUAUCAAAAAUGCGCGAGUGCCUGUCAGUGCACGUGGGCCAGGGUGGCGUUCAAAUUGGUAAUGCAUGCUGGGAACUGUAUUGUUUGGAACAUGGUAUCCAGCCUGAUGGACAGAUGCCAUCCGAUAAAACUGUUGGUGGCGGCGAUGACAGUUUCAACACUUUUUUUAGUGAAACAGGAGCUGGAAAACAUGUGCCAAGGGCAGUUUUCAUGGAUUUAGAGCCAACAGUAGUCGAUGAGGUGAGAACCGGAACCUACCGACAGUUGUUCCAUCCGGAACAGUUGAUCACAGGAAAGGAAGAUGCAGCGAACAAUUAUGCCCGGGGCCACUACACAGUUGGCAAGGAAAUCGUAGAUUUAGUUUUGGACCGAAUCCGAAAAUUAGCAGAUCAAUGCACAGGCCUUCAAGGAUUUCUGAUAUUCCAUGCUUUCGGUGGUGGUACCGGUUCCGGAUUCACGAGUCUCUUGAUGGAACGCCUCUCAGUCGACUAUGGUAAAAAAUCGAAAUUGGAGUUCGCCAUCUACCCAUCACCUCAAAUCUGCACUGCAAUUGUCGAACCCUACAAUUCCCUCCUGACGACCCACACGACCUUAGAACAUUCCGAUGCUGCGUUCAUGGUAGACAACGAGGCCAUUUAUGACAUCUGCAGACGAAAUUUGGACAUCGAGAGACCAACCUACACCAAUCUUAAUAGAUUGAUAGGUCAAAUUGUAUCUUCGAUCACUGCUUCCUUAAGGUUUGAUGGUGCCUUGAAUGUGGAUUUAACAGAGUUCCAAACCAACUUGGUACCAUAUCCCAGGAUACAUUUUCCACUGGCUACGUACGCUCCAGUGAUUUCAGCCGAAAAGGCUUAUCAUGAACAACUGACAGUAGCUGAACUCACGAAUGCUUGUUUCGAACCAGCUAAUCAGAUGGUCAAGUGUGACCCUCGACGUGGAAAGUACAUGGCUUGUUGUAUGCUGUAUCGAGGGGAUGUUGUUCCUAAGGAUGUCAACGCCUCGAUUGCAACGAUCAAGACCAAACGGACUAUCCAGUUUGUUGAUUGGUGUCCUACAGGUUUCAAGGUGGGAAUAAACUACCAACCCCCGACCGUAGUACCAGGUGGUGACCUUGCAAAGGUCCAACGUGCCAUUUGCAUGUUAGCCAAUACAACAGCCAUCGCUGAAGCCUGGAGCCGCCUAAAUCACAAAUUCGAUGUAAUGUACUCGAAACGAGCCUUCGUUCAUUGGUACGUCGGCGAAGGUAUGGAAGAAGGUGAAUUUUCUGAAGCCAGAGAAGAUCUCGCAGCUUUGGAAAAAGAUUACGAAGAAGUGGGUCUUGACUCGGUCGAAGGUGAAGGCGAAGGAGGCGAGGAUUACUAAUAAUGAAAAUUUAGAAUUUCUUAAACCGUUUCUGUUAAUAAAAAUCGUUUCAGGAUUUCAAGCGAUUUUACAGAAAUAAAAAUAUUAUUUAUCGGAUAAAAUAUAAACAUUCAUU